AUGUCCCGCUCUCAGCUUGAAGUGCGUGAUCUCGUCCGCCCGACCCGCUGCUUGUUGACCCCAGCACUACCAGGCAGCGUUUUUACGCCGUCUUCGCGAGACCCCGGUCACGUACCCCCCCAAAUAGGUCAUGUUCCGCCCUCAUGUGACAGUGCGUACAGCGGCAUCGAGGAGAUCGAAGAAGACAGCAGUCAAGACGAAGAGGGGGAUGGAACGGAACAAGACUCAGAUGAAGCCUACUAUCACGAGUAUGAGAGGUCGUUUGCACGUGAAGUUGAAGCCUACAGAUGUCUUGGACACCUCCAGGGCUCUGCCAUCCCCCGGCUCUAUGGUUUAGGUCGGGUCAUUUCAGGCCACGGUGAAGGUCGCGCAAUAUCUCCCCAAGUGCUUUUCAUGGAAUACAUCCCAGGCAAGAACCUCGCAACCAUCCAAGAUCCCCAUUCAGUCCCUAUUUCAGCAUACCAAGAGCUCGUAAAGGCCGUGAGUAGCCUUGCAUCUUUCGGUACCAUCCAUGCCGACAUGCGCCCAGAAAACAUUGUCGUAUCUUGCAGUAACCCUAGACGCGUGGUGCUCAUCGACUUUGGGGUGCGUCUAUUUCGUUAUACUGAUGAGUCUAACGACAACUGGGAAGAGAAUGUCAUGACCGAAGGGGACGAGAGGGAGCUCCGGCGCUAUUUGGAGAGGUCGGGCAUCUGGCACCAGGAAUUGUGCGCGUAA